AUGUCUGGACCUGAGGAAAGGGGUGGCAGAGGUGCUGGUGGCAGUGGAGAAGCUCAAGCUCAAGGCCAACCCCGUGAUUCAGCCAUGGCGCCCAUGCAACCAAGUCUUGGCCCACCUAGGGAUGAGCCUAGGGUGUUUGGGCUUGACAAGUUCAACGGUGACAACUUUGCUGAAUGGUCCUUCAAGAUGGAGAACAUCUUUGACCACUAUGACCUGCUGGAGGUGAUGGAAGGUACGGAGAAGCGCCCCGAGAACGACCCGGAGAAGAGCCCGUGGGUGCGGAAGAGCGCACAAGGCUAUCUCUUACUUGGGCAAGCGUUGGGGAGCAGUCAGAUCCGUCACAUCAAGCCAUUCCAGCGUGAACCAGAGAAAGGACCAAAGGCAUGGGCUGCUCUCAAGGGUGUACAUGCUCCUGCAACAGCGGCGGUAGCGGUGGUGUUGGAACGGCAAAUGGCGGCACUACGAAUUGAAGAAGACGAAGCGGUUGAAGAAGGGGUGCAGAAAUUCUUCGACUUGUUGACGCGGCUUGAGGGAGCUGAUUUGAACUACAGUGAGCUCCAAAAGAAGACCAAGUUGCUGGCCUUACUCCCAGAGUCAUGGUCCUCGCUCAUCAUCAACCUUAAUCGCGACUUGCCCCGCCUCUCGCUUGAAGACGUGAAGCGAGCUAUCCUUCAAGAGGAUUUCCGCCGCCGUGAGUUGGCGAGUGCGGAUGGCGCUGGGGCAGCGAGCAUCGGCCGUGGAUAUGGUCGAGGAAGAGGCAGAGGACGAGGGGGAGGAAGGUUUGGUGGCAGCAACUUCGGCGGAGGCCGCAGGAGUGGCGGUUACGGCAGCGACGACAAGAGCUACGGACGCGGUCGCGGCCGAUUCGACGGCGAGUGUCACUAUUGCCACAAGAGCGGACACAUGUGGCGCGACUGCUACAAACUCCCUGAUGGUUGGACCCCUGCUCAAGGCCAAGAGGGUAGAGGAGCAGGAGGAGGGAGAGGACGAGGCCGUGGAGGCCGUGGCGGUCGGGGUGGCGGAGCUGCAAACAUGAAGAGCGGAGACAACGACAAGGACCCGAGCGACGAUCGAUACCCGGGUCUAUUCUACUUCGUGUCGACGCAAGUACCGACUGGUCCAGAGAAGGAUGAAGGCUUUGAGGAGCCAGCAGCUGUGGGGAAGGUGACCCUACACCCCCUGGACUAUUGGGUGAUUGAUAGUGGCGCUACCUAUAGCAUGACACCUCGCCCGGACUUGCUCACCGAACUCGAGCCGUCACCGGUGAAGCAUGUCACAUCGGCUUUGGGGCAGCGAGCAGAGGUGAAAGGCAUGGGCAAGGCCAUGUUCAAGGGUGCUGAUGGGAAGAUGGUGGGCCUCAAGAACGUGCUUUGGGUGCCCAGCCUUGCUGCAAACCUGAUUUCCGUGCGGCGGUUGGCAAAGGCCGGCAUGGACACGAACUCGAAGGGAGCCAAGACCUACACCGCAAGGCUUGGCGAUCGAAUUCUUUGGGACCUUCAUGAGGACAGGGAUGUCUACAACGAGAUGUGGCAGAUCCCAGUGGUCCCUAUGCCUAAGGAGAGGCAAGUGGCAGCAAGCAUCAGCACCAAGGAUGGAGCGGUCGGUAGCGACGAUGGCGCGAACGGUCGCGCUAAGGAGAAUGAGCUCAAGAAGAGCAAACCUGGAGGGACCAGCAAGUUUAGUGAACCUAAGGAGAGUGGUGCAGCAACCAAGGAGCAGCAAAAGGGUGAGGAGAACCCAGAGGCAGCAGCGGAGGAGGACUACGGAGAGAGUAUGUGGGGCGCUAUUGCGAGCGCGGCAUUCUCCAAUCCAACUUCGGCUACGGGGGAGUGUGAUUGGCUCACCUUGCAUCGGCGCAUGGGGCAUGUGGCCCUGCCCAUCUUGCAGCAGCUAGUGAAGAAUGAGAUGGUUGCUGGCAUACGUGUGAAGGGGGAGCCCGAUGAGGUGCUUGGCUGCCCGACGUGCAUUCAAGCCAAGUUCACCCGGUUUCCGUUCCCUAGUUCGGAGGCAACGGCAAAGGCACCGCUUGAUGAGGUGGUGAUGGAUGUGGUGGGCCCCCUGAAGCUUGGAGCUGCUGGAGCUGAGUAUUUUCUCACCAUUGUCGACGUCUACACCCGCAUGACUUGGGUGUACGUGCUGGCCAAGAAGAGCGACGUGGCUGAAACGUUGAAGACGGAUUGGUUUCCGAUGGUGGAGCGGCAACAAGACCGUCUAGUCAAGUCAAUCCGCACCGAUCGAGGGGGAGAGUUCCUGAGCAAGGAGUUUGGGUUGUGGCUGAAGAAGAAUGGUAUUCGGCACUCUCUCACCAUGCCAUACUCCCCUGAAAUGAACGGCAUCGCCGAGCGAGCGAACCGCACAAUCACGGAGGCGGCACGCGGGUUGCUCAUUGAAGCCGGGCUACCCGACUAUUUCUGGCCUGAUGCGGUGCGGAGCGCGUGUGUGGCCAAGAACAGAGCAUUGACUCAUGUGGGAGCAGACAAAUGGGUGCCCUAUGUGGAGUGGCUAGGAAGGAAGCCAAAGGUGGAUAUGCUUCGGGUGUUCGGGUGCAUGUGCAUGGCGCUCGUGCCUAAGCAUCUUCGGCACAACAAGCUUGGUGCCAAGGCGGUGUGGGCCGUGCACUUGGGCAUGGCUCAAAACAGCAAGGGAUGGCUUCUUUGGGACCCAUUCACCAAGAAGUUCUUGGUGAGCAGGGACUGCAAGUUCAUGGAGAACUUCAUGUACAAGGAUUGGAAGGCGGAGAAUGAGGCGAAGAUAGGCGUGCGGUUUGGGGAGGUGAAGAGUUCCGGUUUGGAGCAUGUGGAGCUGCCUUUGGAGCUGAGCAGCGGCAGCACAACCACAAGGCAAUCCUCCCUUGUGAAUGGGGGAGAGGAGGCCAAUGAUGCAGAGGAAGAAGAGGAGGAGGUGCAGCAAGGCAAGACAGCCCUGGCCGGAGCGGCAAUGAUGGUCGGAGACGACGAGGAGAGUGACUACGAGGAGUGUGCCUUCGCGUUCUUCUCUCCGGUGGAGAUGCCGGGAGAACCAGCAACUCUCAAGGAGGCUUUGGAGAGUAGUGAUGCUGAGGAGUGGAAGAAGGCCAUGGAGAGUGAGCUGAAGAGCAUCGAGGAGAAUGACACGUUUGAAUUGGUGGAGCUACCGGAGGGGCGUACGGCGAUAACAUCCAAGUGGCUCUUCAAAAUCAAGUCGGAUGCCGACGGCAAGAUCGAGCGCUACAAGUCUAGGCUUGUAGCCAAGGGGUACCAGCAGAAGGAGAAGGUGGACUUCAAGGAGCUGUUUGCCCCUGUGCCAGAGGGGUUUGAUGAUGGUAGUGGCAGAGUGUGGAAGCUGAAGAAGGCCCUCUAUGGGCUGAAGCAGGCCCCUAGGCAAUGGUACAUGAAGCUGCGCGAAGUGUUGGAGGGGAUCGGCUUCACUCCCUCAACGGCCGAUCACUCCUUGUUCAUGCUUGGCGAGGGGGAGCAGAGGAGUUUCAUGGUGGUUUAUGUGGAUGACAUCCUCAUUUUCUCACCCUCUUCUGACCUUGUGAAGGAGGUGAUGCUGAAGCUUCAAGACAAGUUCAAGUGCAAGGCCCUUGGUGACGUGAGCUUCUACCUUGGGCUCCACAUCGAACGAGAUGUGGAGAAGCGGUGCAUGCGGGUGCAUCAACGAAAGUACCUGGAGGCAUUGGCUGCCAACUUUGGGCAGAGUGAAGGCCAUGUGGCUACACCCUUUCCCUCUGGGUUCAAGUGUGUGAAGGGACCAGAGGAGGAGAGCGUUGGUGAAGAGGAGAGGCGCCGAUUUCACUCGUUGGUGGGCAGCCUCAUGUAUGCGGCGGUAAACACCCGACCGGACGUCGCGUUUGCUACCGGGCAGCUGGCUAGGGUUGUGCAAUGCCCUAAUGAGGAGCAGGUAGCAGCUGGAAUGAGGGUGGCCAAGUAUCUUGGCCAAACACCGACCGUUGGGCUGCAAUACUCGGCGGCGGCACAAAGGCGCCAAAAGGGCGCGGAUGGUGUUGAACCCGGGCGUUUGUUCCUCACCGCCUACUCGGAUGCUUCAUAUGCAUCAGAACCAGAGGACAUGACAAGUGUGGGAGGCUUCAUAUGCUGUGUUGGUGGAGGCCCAACUGCUUGGGAGAGCAAGAAGCAGGUUGACCAAGCUUUGAGCUCGGUGGAGUCCGAGUACAUGGCACUCUUCCGUGCCGUACGGGAGAUUGUGUGGCAGCGGCGUUUGUUGGCUGAAUUGGGGGAGGAGCAGCAAGGACCUACCCCACUGUACUGUGACAGCCAGGGUGCCAUUGCUCUUGCUAAGAACCCUGUGUUGCAUGGACUCACGAAGCACAUGAGGGUGAAGUGGCAUUGGACGAGGAGCAUGGUAACCGCGGGUGAAGUUGAGUUGCGCUACGUGAAGACCACGGGGCAGCCGGCUGACAUGAUGACCAAGAGGCUGGUGGAGCAGCAGCAUUGGAAGUGUUGCAAGUUGGCUGGGAUGGCUCUGAACUGA